AUGAGAAGAAUUUUCUGGAACUUCAAGACUGCUUUCGUUGGUCUCCCCAUGUUUUCUUUAGCUCCCAAGAACAUCUUGGUCUAUCCAAUUGUUGUUGGUGUUCCCCUUUAUACAUUCAUCGUUUUACAAAACAGUGUCAGAGGAUUUGCAUAUUUCGAUGAAUACGAUAGCGACGUUAAGGAAAAUUGA